AUGUUCAAGCAGUACUCCCAUAUCCUGUCCCAUAAGAGGCGACGCAGCAGGGGAAGCACUAUCAACCAAGUCCUGUCCGCCGCGCAGUCCGAACCGGCCUCGGAGACUCCCACAGCCAACGAGCCCGUCGAGGUCUGGGGUUAUUCCCAGCCCCUGCCCGAGGAUGACGAGCACCUGAAGGAGUGCUUCACCACCCUCACCCCCCGCAUUCACAAAUACGACCAUGUCGCCCAGCGCGGUAGCGAUCGCUUUGUCCAGGACCUGACGGCCGCCCUCAACUCCGACGAGCCCCAGACCAGCUACCUCUCUUCCCCCGUCGGCAACUACGCCAGCUUCCUCUACCCCGAAUGUCUUCCUGAGCGCCUCGAGACCGUGGCCUACCUUACCGAACUCGGCAGUCUGCAUGAUGGCAAAGCCCCGGCAGAGAAGCCCGACGAGCCGGUCGAAUCCCCCCGAGUCGAAGCCCGGAAGAAGCUACUGGAAAAGGCCAUGUCCGAGCUGUCCGAGAAGGACAAGGACGGCCACGAGAUCAUCGACUGCUACCGCAGCAACUGGCUGGUCACCCCGGAGGUCCCUACGGCCGAGAACUGCGCCAACCUUGAUGACUAUGUCGCCCGGAGACGCCUCAAUGCGGGCAUUGACGUCUACUGGACCCUGAUGGGCUUCGCACACGGCACCCGCCUCGGCAAGGAGGACCAGGCCGUCGUGCGCGAUGCACUCGAUGCCGCCGAGCGCACCAUGUUCUUCACCAACGACUACUACAGCUGGCCCAAGGAGAAGCGCAUCUCGAAGAAGCGCCCCGUCGCCAACGUCAUCCUCUUCCUCAUGGAACACCAGAACAUGUCCGAGGACGAUGCCAAGGCCAAGGCCAAGCAGCUGAUCAUCGACAACGAGCACGAGUUUGUCCGUCGCCGCGAGGCCCUCUACCAGGCCAACUCCGACCUGGCUCCCCAGCUCCGCAAGUGGAUGGAAGUCCUGGGCUCGUCCCUGGCCGGUAUCCACUACUGGUGCAAGAACGCUCCCCGCUACGCCAUCCCAGACACCGUCGAGGAGAGCGAAGAGGAGGAAGAGGCAACCGAAGAAGACGGGUCCGACGAGGAAGAGUCUUCCUCCGAGGACGACACCGAAGAUGAUGACGAUGACGAGGAAGAAGAGGAAGAGGAAGAAGAGGAGGCCGAGGAAGUGCAGCAGCCCGAGAGCGAAGAAGCGGUCGAAGUGGCCGUCUGGACGCCUCUGGCCCCCGAAGAAGAAUCCCCCGAGGUGCAGCUGGACACUUCAGCCCUACUCGCCCCCACCAGCUACGCCCGCACCAUCGCCGUCAGCACCCUGCAGACCGACCUCCUCACGGCCCUCAACGCCUGGCUGCAGGUCCCCAACCGCCCGCUGUCCUUCAUCAAGCAGGUCAUCACCGAGCUGCAGGACUCCACCCUCAUGCUGGCCGACGUCCAGGACCAGGCCGUCCUGCGUGAUGCACGCACCCCGGCCCACUUGGUCUACGGCCCGGCACAGUGCAUGAACAGCGCCGCCUACAUGUUCGUCCGCGCCGCCAAGAUCCUCACCAGCCUCAACUGCCCUGGCAUGCUCGAUGGCCUGCUGCAAGAACUCGAGGCCCACUUUGUCGGCCAGUCCUGGGAACUCAACUGGCGCUUCUCCACCCACUGCCCCGGCGAGAGCGAGUACCUGGCCAUGGUCGACCAAAAGGCCGGUUCCAGCUUCCGCCUGCUGACUCGUCUCAUGCAGGCCGCCAGCAUGGGCGGGUCCACUCUGGACUUCGAACCCUUCGCCAAGGUCCUGGGCCGCCUGUCACAGAUCCGUCACGAGUACCUGGGUCUCCUGGACUCCAGCGCCCGGUCCUUCGGCGAAGACCUCGACCAGGGCAAGGUCACCUACCCGAUUGUUCGGGCCUGCAACAUGGACCCGGCCGGACGGGCCAUCAUCUUCGGCAUCUUCCGUCAGAAGCAAGCCGGCGCGGUGCUACCCAUCGAAAGCAAGCGACAGAUCGUGUCCCUGGUACAGCAGACGGGUGCCUUGCAGGCGACAUACGACCUGAUCCGACAGCUCGGCCGCGAAGCCCUGAACGCACUGAGCGAGCUCGAGACGGCCGCCGAGGAGGUCAACCCGGCUUUGCGCGCGGUGGUGAAGUCGCUAGGCGAGGUGCCGGCGCCGGAUCAAUUGUAA